AUGACUUCGACUCAGAGAACUUGGCUCGUCACAGGAGCAUCGAGCGGUUUUGGCACCGAAAUCAGUCUUGCUGCUCUUCAGAAGGGGGAUAAAGUCGUUGGUACGGCUCGCAAUGUCAGGAAGGCAGAGCAGAACAAUCCGGACUUUACCAAACUGGGAGGACACUGGCUUGAGCUUGACGUGACCUCUCCGAACUGCGAGGAAGUGGUUGCCAGAGCUGUCAAACAGCACAACGUCGAUGUGCUCAUCAACAACGCUGGGUAUGCAGAGGGCGGGACGUUGGAGGAUAGCAGCAUGACCGCCAUCCGCGCCCAAUUCGAAACCAACGUCUUCGGCGCCCUCGCCGUCCUCAAAGGCACAAUCCCCCACUUCCGCACCCACCGCCGCGGAACCGUCGUCAACAUCUCCUCGACCGCCGCCAUCGCGCCCCACUGCUACUUCUCCUCCUACGCAGCCACGAAAUUCGCCCUCGAAGGCGCGUCGGAAUCCCUCGCCGAAGAACUCUCCCCCUUCAACAUCCGCGUGCUGAUCGUCGAACCCGGCGCUUUCCGCACGAGCUUCUUCGGCGCGCUGCAGUAUACCACGAUUAGUGAGGUGUACAAGGGGACGGUUGUGGAGGAGACUGUCAAGGCUUUUGAGGCGAUUGAUGGGACGCAGCCGGGGGAUCCGGUCAAGGCGGGGAAGGCGAUUGUGGAUGUUGUGAGGGGGGAGGGGAGAGGAAAGGAGGUACAGGGGAAUUUGAGAGUGCAGUUGGGGACGGAUGCGGUGGUCAAGACGAGGGAUAAGGCGAAGAGGUUGAGGGAGGAUUGGAGCAGGGGCGAGGAGGUGGGAAAUAGUUGUGCUUACGACAGCUAG